ACUCUUCAUUAUAAAGACGAUCCAAAAUGAACACCGGCUUGCUGGCAUGGGAGUGCAUAGUUUUCAUUCUAUUCAUCUGUAUAUCCACAUUUACGCCCCUAUGGCAACGGCGCAGGGACGCAAAUGCCCCUGGGGGCGUUAAACGGGCAUACAUCUUCGCUAGCGGAGGAGUAUCAACUUUGGCCAUGAUACUGUCAGUGUCCAGAGGAACUUUAGGAGUUAGAUCUUUUUUGGGUUUCCCGUCAGAGCUGGUAUACUACGGCACGGCGAUGUGGGAAACCCUAUACGGGAUAGCCUUGGCCUUCCCUAUUGUGUGCUGGGUCUUUAUUCCUGUAUACUACAGACUACAUACCAAUUCGGUCUACGAGUACUUACAGAUGCGUUUUGGCACCAACUCUGUUCGUCGAUUGGCAGCAGCUACCUUCGUAGUGCGUCAGAUUCUGAACCUUGCAGUCACAGUGUAUACGCCCACCGUAGCCUUGCAUGCCCGCGACAUAACUGUUACGAACCUGGACCGCGCAGCUACCUCAGGAAUGACCCAGUAG